AUGUUCCGCCGGGCCCGCCUCAACGUGCGGCCCAAUGUGCGACCCGUGGGUAGGGGCGCUGGCGGCGCGGCGGACCCGGAGCCGCAGGGCUCAGGCUCCCCGGCGGCUGCCAGAGCAGAGGCUGCGGCGGGAGCGGCGGCCGAGCCCCCGCCGGCCGCUCGGCGGGCCGAGAGCGAUGACAAGGCUGAUAGCUCAAGUGAUGCUGGAGAAGCUAGUAAGCCUGCGGAGAUGCCUACGCAGAGAAGAAAACGGAUCUCCACCAUGCCCAAUCUUGUCAAACCCAGAGCUGGACCUUCAUCUGCUCAGUGUUCUGCAUCAAAACCACAGAGGCGAGCACCACAGGCUCCUGAUGGCAGUGCUUCACUUCAGAAGGAUUCCCCUCCAUCAGAAAAGAGUAAUGUUGAAAGCUCUUUGAAGUCUCCCAUGCUGCCUGAAAAGAAAACACCUGUGCCACAAGUGCCACAGUUUUCCCCACUAAAAAAAUCAGUGAACAAAGAGCAAACUGUAGGUGUAGCUGCUCAAAAAAAUGAUGAUACCUUGCAGAAGAAUGUACCCUCCCCACUCAAGGAGAGACCAACACAGGGAAGAUCAGGAACACACGAGGAAAAGCUACCUAUGAAACCUGCUCCCGUAAAAGAGAAACGAAUCUGUUCUGACCGUGAAAGGAUCCUCAAAGCUCGGAAGUUAAGAGAAAUGCUUAAAGAAGAGCUCAAGAAAGAGCGGAUGAAACAGUUGAAACACAGGCCUCCAGUAAUUGAAGGACGUUCUCCACCAGAUCGUUCUAAAAUGACCAUGAGAGAUUUGAUAUACUAUCUACCAGAAAACAAUCCUAUGAAGUCUUCAUUGGCAGAAGAAAAGAGAACAGAAAAAGGUUCUGCACUGGGUCAAAUGAAAGAGCAGGAAGAGAAAAGUACUCCUGAUCAUGAAGAAGAAGAUGAGGAGGAAGAAGCAGAGAAUGAGGAGGAGAGUCAGGACGGUCCACUUCUAGUUCCUCGUGUGAAAGUAGCAGAAGAUGGUUCAAUUAUUCUGGAUGAAGAAAGUUUAACUGUAGAAGUUCUAAGAACAAAAGGUCCAUGUGUUGUAGAAGAAAAUGAUCCUAUAUUUGAGCGUGGCUCUACAACUACAUAUUCCAGCUUCAGGAAAAGUUUUUACACGAAACCAUGGUCAAAUAAAGAAACAGACAUGUUCUUUUUAGCUAUCAGUAUGGUAGGAACAGACUUCUCCUUGAUUGGACGGCUGUUUCCUCAUAGAGCCAGAGCAGAGAUAAAGAACAAGUUCAAACGUGAGGAAAAAGCUAAUGGAUGGAGGAUAGACAAAGCUUUCAAAGAAAAGCGGCCCUUUGAUUUUGAAUUCUUUGCCCAGCUGCUUGAGAAGGUCUUAGCAGAUGAGGAAAAGAGGAAGCAAAAGACUGUUAAAAGCCAGAAGCCAAAGGAAAAGAAGCUAUCAAGGCCUCGGAAGAAGCCAAAAGCAAAAGCUGCCAGCACAGAAACUGCUAAUGAUCAAGAUGAUCUUCAGGAAGCCAGAAUUUCUGAUGCAGAAACGGAAGCAGAUGCUGUAACAGCUGAGAAAGAAAAUGAGGAAUCUUUGGGCACUUCUGAACAGGCAGAAGAACAGGUUGCAUUAGAGCCAGCAUUAGCAAAAAAGAAGAGAAAAAAGAAGAGAAAAGAUGAUGUUGAACAGGAAGUGGAGAAUCUUCCAGAAGAAAUGGCUGUCCCUUCAAAAACUGCUGAAGAAGGGAAAUCCUCUAAGAAAACAGAAAAAAAAGUGAUAUGUGAUGCAAACAAUGAUGGUCAUACUACCUGUAGAGAAGAACUGGAUAGUGUUGUUGAAGAAAAAGAAUAUGAGACUGCUGUUACAGAGGAAGAGAGAUUGGAGUCCUGUUUACCAGUGGAUGACACAAUGGAGAGAGAAAGUGAUGUCAAUUUAUGCAGCUUUGAAGAUAGCAAUGAAGUUGUACUAGAAACGGAAUCCGCUAAACUGAGAACCGUAGAUAUUAGAAAUGAUACAUCACAGGAAAGCCAGAUUUCAGAGUUACCGGUUUCAAAGAUUAGAAGCAAAGAAAGACAAUCUGAAGAAACAAGAGAAACAAAGAACAAAGACAUACAUGACUUACUUAGACCAGAUGAAAAGCAGAGUGCGUCAGAAAAUGAUUCUCAGUCUGAAAUCAUGAAAACUGAAAAGCCGUCAGGCAGAGGGUGCUUGCAAAGACCUAAACCCAAUUUAGUGAGGUCAUCUGGAAAGAGAGAAGCAGCAACCCAAGAGAAAAUGGAGGCUGAGACUUCCUGUCCAAACCUUGUGAAUGCGGAUGAAAAGUGCUCUAAGGAAGACAGUAGGAGAAACAGAAAUGAAGCCACAGAAGUAGAGAACAUGGAUUUGGAUACUAAAUCUGAAGAACCUGAAAAAACUGUAAUUGCAAAGGCAAUAGUUAGAGGAUGUCGACAGAGAUUUAAGCCUAAUGUUACAAGAGCAUCUGGAAGGAAAGAAGAGCCUGAAAAAGAUGCAGGAAAUGAUAAAAUGUCCCAUCCACAGCCUGAGGGGGAAACCGAAAAGAAUACUGACCAAAGUAAUAGGUCUGAUGCUACUAGUGAAGAAGCUGCAGAAAAAGGUGAUAAAGUCCUGGAGACAGUAUCUCAGUCUAAUGAAACAGCUGGUUUACAAGAAGACAGCAAACAGAGUGUGCUGAAACUAACACCUCUAAAGAGAGGCAGAGUGCAGAGACCAAAACCAAAUCUGGGAAGAACUGUUGCAAGGCAAAAAGACCUGACAGAUGAAAAAGAUCCUGAAGAGGAGAAAACUGAAGGUGGAGAAGUAGAAAAAGGUUUGAUACACCACAGGGAUGAAAACAAUGAUGCAUACCUCAAAAAUGUAAGCAGUGUUCCCAAGAAAAGUCCUCAGAAGCAGAGCUAUGAAAGUGAAAAGGGGUUGUCAGAUGUCAUGCAACAGGUUUCAGAUUUCAAUACAGGGGAGUCUGGUCCUCGGAAGGAAGAGGAGAAAACUGUUGUAUCACCAGCUAGGCUACUGAGGAGUCGAUUCCAGAGACCAAAACCAAAUUUAAGAAUGACAACUAGUAGAAAGGAAGUGCUGAAUGUAAAUAAUAAAGGUGUAUCACAGAAAGAUAUCAACAAGGAAGAAAGUUUGACACAGUGUGACAGUGAAUGUAGCAUCCUUCCUGAUACAGAUAAAACAGGAAAAUAUGAAGUCCUGCAACCAUUGGAAUCCUUAGGAAAGCAGAAGUCACUUGGCUCUCAGGAGGUUUCUGAGAGGCCAAGUUGUAAGUCCCCAAAGACAUUUUCAAGAUCAGAGGAUGGUGAACUCAAGUUUUGUCUACCUGAAAUUAACCAAGAUGACACCUCAACUACUAAGGCAGGCAUUGAUAGCAAAAAUACCUCUGAAGGAGAAAGUAAACAAACACCUCUUCAACCUGUCCAGUUAGUGCGGAGCAGAUUCCAGAGGUACAAGCCAAACUUGAUGAGAGCUGUUGGAAAGAAGGAAUUACAAAUAUUAGAAAAUGAGAGGGAGAAAAAGCUUGAAGCAGAGCAGUUGGUAUUGCAAAAAGAUGAGUCUGCCAAUACUGUCAUCGGUGAAAAUGAAGCUGUAUUGUGUCGAGCAGAUGUAUUGAGCAAAGAGGAACAGGAACAGCAAGAGGUGCCUCAGGUGCCCUUUAUUUCUGAAAACAUAUUGUGUGAACAAAGCAGGUCCAAUGAUAAAUUAAGUUCUGGAGAAGGAAGCAAACAGAGUGAUACAAAACCUUUGCAUCAAGUGAGGGAACCCCACUGGAAUCCAAGGCCAAACCUAAUGAGAGUUGCUAGAAAAAGAGGUUAUCCUGAAGAAUGUGAAAACAGAGAAGAGGACAACGCUGAGAAUAGAAAUGCAGAAGAGUGUUUGGUGUUAGAAAAAACAGGUGUAUUAAAGCAAAACUCUAGUAACAUAGUGGAAGCUGCGUCCUUCUCAGAGGCUACAAGAAAACGCAAUUUUACAGACUCUGUUGAAGAAACAUCUUGUAAAAGAAUCAGGCAGGAUAGUAGACUCCAGUCUCCAGAGAUAUCAUCAGAGAGUGAGAGUCAAGUAGAACAAGAUGAUGAUUCUCAGCUUUCUACCUCUCACGAAAAAAAUUCAGACAAUCUCACAAGAAGGCAGUCCAGAAGGUCAUCAAAAUGGAUAGCGCUGCCAAAACAUGUCUCGGAGCUAAGAACUGCUGCUUCUUCUGCCUCUGAAUGUGAGGCUGAAUGCAGUGAGAAGGGGAAUCAAAGGCAAGAAGUUAAACUGAGUGUUACUAGAGGCAAAAGUUUGAAAACUACACAUAGAAAGAAAUCUGGGAAGGAGCACAGAAGUUCAAAGAUAACCUUGGUGACCCUUCGGGCUUCUCAAGAGGAGGAGGAGGAGGAAGAGGCAGAUGACUUUGAGCCUGAUGAUGAAGAUGAAUGCUUUGCACCGGAGGAAGUAAACAAAGCUCCAGUGUUUGUUCCUAUAGGUCUUCGAUCUCCGAAACCUAUUCCUGUUCAGAUAGAGGAAACCAUGGAGGAGCUGGAAAUAUCUGUGAAUAUACCAGAUGUGCAGGUGGCUACUGAUGUUGAAAGUCUCUCUCAUGCAUCUGUCCAGCCGGUGGUACGGACAGAGGAAAAAGUAAGCACCUCAACAGCUGAAACAAUCGUACAUGAAAAUCCAGAGGUGGACAAAGGAAUUAACGAUGGAAGCGCUGAAGCUGCCAUGACUUUACUUGCAAUGGGUGAUCCAAUGUUCCAGUUAAAAACAAGCAGUGAAGAAUGGACACACAUGUUACCUGCUCAAGAUGAGUUGGACACGGCCAAUAGCCUUGUAACCCACGCCUACUCCAAACAAAAUAGAACUUCUAGUCAGUGUUUACUUUCUUCAGACACUUCUACCAAGGAAUUGGUGCCUUCUGAGGAUGGAAGCAACGUUAAUAAAGAGGAUCAAAGCACUGGUACAAGAACAGGUGUCGAAGAAUAUUUUGAGAAAAAUGCUACAGAUACCAGUGAUAGCUCUAUGCCUAUGGUGAAUAGUAUGAGACUGACAAGAGGCAGACUUCUGAAGCCUGAGCCAGCCUUUGGAGUAUUGAGGUCCAAUGAAAGCAUAAUUCAGAAGUCACUUAAUACAAAUGUACUUGUGGAACAACUAGAGCAAGUUCACAGUGAGUCUCCAACCCUGAGAGGUACUGCAGAAAUGCAGAAGGUGGAACUAGACCAGGUCAGACCAGCUGCAGGUGAUUCUUCAGUUCUUCAUGAUUUUGCAACUGGAAGUAUGGAACUUAUCAGGCAAGUAGACAAAACUGAGAGAACAGAAAAAGACAUGAGAGAUGCUUGUGGAAAUUCAGGAGAUUUAAGACCUGUAACUGCAUCACCAAAACCUGAAAAAUCUCACCUUGGACUAGAGGAUUGUCCAAAUCAAAGUUCUGUGGAUGGACUUCCUGAGCAAAAUCCUUGUCCUUCUGAGCACAAUAUAUGCACAAUCAGCUUUACUCAGAAUGAAGCUUGUGCUCAGGAUGCUCAACAACAAUGUGAAAGCAGCACAGAAGAGACUUCAGUGAACGAUGAUCAUAGAUGUCCAGAGGAGGAACAGACAUUCAUUUUAACUUUGGUGGAAAUCCCAGCUGACUCAAAAGAGUUUGAUGCAUCUGCUUUGCUGGAACAAACUUCAGAACCAUUACUACCAGCCCCAAUACUUAUCAGCCCAAUAAAUGCAAGUGAAACAAGCGUGACUGAAGUGGCGAGCAUUGGAUCCGUGACAACUGCAGCUGAUGAAUUUGCUGCACCUUUAAACAGCAAUAUGGAAACCAAGCAACUAGAGAGUGCAUCAGUAGAGCCCCUUCCAAAUUUGCAGACAACUCAAAAAAGGUCAGCUGCUGAGCUUGAAGAGAAUGAUUCUCCUCCUGCCAAGAAAACUCUGUCUACUGUUGUAGUGGAAGGUAACUUGGAAACCACUUAUAAGGGUUAUUCAAAUAAAUCCACAAAUGCUCCAAUGAUACCUUCUGGGAAUUCUUUUCAAAAAACAGAGGCUUCAGCAAAGGAAAAAGUACUUACCUCUGUGUUGGUGUCUCAGUCUGUGUCACCACUGGCUGAGAGAAGCCAGCUUGAGGCUUUGGAGAACUUAGGGAAAGCACCACUUGAGAAUUCAGCAUCCAAACAGGAAGAGGAGGUGAUGUCUAGAUUAACCUCUAACAGAAAAGCAGAAAUAAGUGGACAAGGAAAGCAGGGGGAUGUGCAUGAAUCUGGACAGUUGGAACAUACUGGAAGCCUAGCAUCAUCUUCAAAAACUCCAUUACUCAGCAAAAAAAGUAGUUCUGAAUCUGCAGAAGAUACCAAAGGGAAUAGAGGGAAGAUCCAGAAACCUCGGAUUGUGACUCCAAAGCGAAGUCUAAAAAAACCCACUCCAUCCACUAAGGAUGAUAGGGAAUCUUCUUCCCUUCCUUCUACAAGCACAUCAUCAUCUGUGGAGUGUGAGAAUGUACCUGCUGAUGCUGCAGUUACGGUUCCAAGUAACAAGCCAUCUGAGAAGCCACCUCUUUGUGCUAAAGAUCAAGAGAAGGAAGAAGAGCCAACCAGAAUCUCUGAGUAUUUUUUCAGUGACAUCUUUAUGGAAGUGGAUGAUUCAGAAUAGCAAAUUGGCUUUAUAAAAACCUAGGAUCUGAGAGUAUAAUGCAAUAAGAAAAGAGUAUUUUUUAAAAGUUCUGAUUUGUUCUGAUGUUCAUUAUGCCACACUUGCUGUCAGCCAAGCUGUUGUUAAUAAAUCCCAUAAAGAUGAAAUGGAUUCCUUCUGAAGUGACCUGGAUACUUUAAAAAUGUUGACAUAAUCUAAACCACCACAUUGAUGUCAUUGGACCAGACCAGCGGCUGCUGGCUUAUAGUUUCACUUGUUUAGAUGCUGGUAAUGGGUGCAUGACUAUCUUCCAGAAAAGUGCAAUGAAAAAAUGCGUAAUCUUGUGACAAGUAUCCCUUUGAAUUUUAAUACUAAAGCUCAUGGUACUGGCUAUACAAGUUCUUUACUUCUUUUUGUGAAGUAUGUUAUGUUAGUAUGUUAGAAGGAGGAAUGAACCUUUUAUGUAUAGUGUAAUCUCUGUAGAUCAGGAUGCAAAUACUGGAAGUCGUGUAGUAAAUACAUAGAUAUGUUCAGCACUGCAGGUAUUUUUAUUAGCAUCUCCAAAUUAGUAUUUUUGUAAGAGUUUUUAAUUACAUAAAUUAAAAGAUCCUAACUUGAAAAGCCAAAUGAGUUUAGUUCCUUAAAAAUGCAUUGAGAACAACUGGAAAAACACAGUUACUAAAAGAUGCUACACAAUGUUAAUCUCUGCAACUGUCCUAUUGGAGUGGGAGGAAGACGUUAAUGUUUCCUAGUAUAAAUGCUAAUUUCCUUCUAAAUUUGAAAACAAUGGGAUAGAUACCAUUUCUUUUCUUUGGUUUUACGUGUAGGUGUUUCUAUUACAAUCUGCUGACUUCCUUGGUUUCCCUUGUGCAAAGUAGCACAAAGAGAUUGGAUUUAAACCAUGACUAUACAAUGUGGUUGCUUUGAUGAUUUGCUACUUUGAAGCUGUUGGAUUUGAAUGGUUUUCCUCAUGUUGCAUGUCUACUUGUACUGUAACUCGCUACAAAAUGCUGGCUUUAGAUUGCAAAAUGUAGCUUUAGAUUUUAGUGUAAUUUUUUACUUGCCUCAUCAAGAAGAUUGUCUUGAUGAGGUAACAAGGUUCAUGCAGUCUCAAAGCCAGGUGGUCACUGAAAGAUUCAAUAUUUGUUCUGAAACUCCUUCUUACACAAAAAUGAGUGUGUAGGUUUAAGUAGUCUAAAUUUUUCUCCUGUUACUUAAUACCAGCAGGUACUUUUACAAAACUAGUGAUUUGUUAUGAAAGUGAAACUGAUGUUUAAAUGGUAUUGUUAUGCUCUCAAGAAACCUAUCUUCAGCUUUGGACUGGAUAAUCAUUUACUGGCAAGCAUUUUCAUAUAA